AUGACGCAAGUCACAUCUUUGGAUAACAUUCAAGACUUUCGCACACGCGCGCAAGUUGUUCAUUCUAAAGGCUUUAAUGCCAAGGAAUGUCUUAGAAAGGAAAUACAUCAGGAACUUUUCCGGGAUGAUACAGUCUCUCUGCAGAUAUGGAAGAUGUUUCAUAACAAAAACAGCCUCCUUCCAAACAACAAAAGAAUCUUGAACAUGUCUUGGCGUAUUUAUAGCAUGAACUACCUAAAGAAAACUCGCGCCAGAAAGACUAAGCACAAAUUAAUGAAUACAAUUGAUCCAGCAAAUUCUCGUCAACAAAUUCAAGUCAAAUCAGAAAGUAAUGCUGUCUUGUCAGGAUCAGCAGCAUCUUCUUCAAAAAUUAAUUCCCUCUCUACUGGAAAAUCUGCUUUUCCGUCUUCGGAAUUUUUAUCUGGUCACGUGUUCGUCAAUACUAGCCCAUCCGACUUUAAAGGACCCAAGCAUCCGAAUAUCGCUAAAAGUAAUGCAGAUCUUUUGAAGCAGCACAAAGCUGAAGAUCUGAUCAGUGCAAACACAAUAGCUCCGGAAGCCUCGCAAGAGUUCGAUUAUAUCGAACAUAUUCGUCGUCUUUCUGGUGCUAAUGAUGAUCCUUUAAUACAUUUUGACACCGAAUCCGAUCCGCUUCAACCAUCGUUAGGAUCAUUUUAUGGGGAGAAUACGCCUUCCCAACCAAUUCCGAUUGCAAAUAGCUCUCAACAGAUGAACUUUACAAAACCAGGUUCUAGCUUUGAUUCAGACAGCCUUCUCUUUUCACCCAUCGAAAAUGGUUCUUUUUCUUCCGCAUCAGGAUUUUCUUCCUAUCGUAAACCAGGUGCUGGUAUUACUUCUCCAAUGUCUACAAAAUCGUCUUUCUCUGCCUAUCCUCCUUCGCUUUCUACCUUUAACUCUGUUGCUGAUAUUCCAAACUUGGCCUCUACUGGUUCUUACAAACUCCAAAAAACAAAUAGAUUGCAAAAGAAUUACGAUCAGCUUCGUCAGCCAGUUAAGCCGCAAAAAUUGGGUGGUGGAAUUAAAGUGGAAGCUUCCAAUAAGGAUACCCUGGGUGUUAAUAUCAACUUUGAUGAAGAUUUAAAGGAUAUUAUAGAUUUUUCGAAAUUUUCUGACUAUGAUGCCGACAUAGACCUAAUGCAAGAAGAUGGUAAUAACAGAGGUUCAACUAGUAAUGUGAGUAUGGUGAGUGGGACUGGAGAUCCUGAGAAAAGAGAUUCCUCGUUACGCUACAAUUUGGAUAGUUAUAUCAACACGCUGGAAUUAUCGUUAAACAAGCAUGAAAGGAAAAGAAAGAUGCAUAAUAAUGGUGUAUCUGGAUUUGAAAUGGAGAAUGGCUCCUAUCCAACCCCUGUGACAAGUGCUUCUUCGUUAUCUUCACCAUCGAAAUCACAGUCCUCCAAAGGACCAUCACCAUCUUCUUUUGUGCAUCAGAGCACUGUAAUGCCGUCAUCCGAGCCUUCAUCGAUAACAUCAACAGUUCUUCCUGGUUCUUCAUUAUUUUCUGGAUCUUCCUCCUUUGGCAAAAAAGAAUUUCGGGGCCAUCCAGUGUGUGAAAACUGUUUGACUUCAAAUACUCCCUUGUGGAGAAAGACAAGCGAUAAUCGAAUUUUAUGCAACGCUUGUGGUCUCUUUUUUAAGCUGCAUGGAAUAAUCAGGCCUCCAGUGAAGAAUAAGUUUGCUCGUGGAAGACUUCAGGCUGAAAUGAAAAAGCUACGUAAUUAUCAUCAGCUUGAAUCGCAGAUAAAAGCAAGAAAUCCCCGGGAUAAUACACAAAUCUCUUCUGGUUCUCAGAGCAAGUUUCGUACGACAUGUGAGAAACCAAUAAUUUCUGUCGCUGGUAGUGCUGGUAACGCCAACGGUAAAAGGAUGCGUGAUAAUGAUGACUGGAGUUGGCUCAACUUUGAAUAA